UCCUACCUCCUGCUCCCUUCUAGGACCUAUAUCCAGACCUCGCCUGACACUGCAGGGUCCACGAGAAUUAAAGAAAUUUAGAAUGACAUGAGGAAGAUUAGUUAAGGAUUAUAGGCUUUGAGGACAAGCACCUCAGCGAAGAAGCACAGACAAGCUCCCAAGCUGUGUUUGGAGGAGCCGUGUGUUGGAAGAAGAUGGCGGAUCCAGGAAUGAUGAGUCUUUUUGGCGAGGAUGGGAAUAUAUUCAGUGAAGGCCUUGAAGGCCUUGGAGAAUGUGGCUACCCUGAAAACCCAGUGAAUCCCAUGGGUCAGCAAAUGCCCAUGGACCAAGGUUUCGCCUCCUUACAGCCAUCCCUUCAUCAUCCUUCCACGAAUCAAAAUCAAACCAAGUUGACCCAUUUUGAUCACUAUAAUCAGUAUGAACAAAAGAUGCAUCUGAUGGAUCAGCCUAAUAGAAUGAUGGGCAGUGCCCCUGGGAAUGGAUUGGCAUCUCCGCACUCGCAGUAUCAUACCCCUCCUGUUCCCCAGGUGCCGCAUGGAGGCAGUGGCGGCGGUCAGAUGGGAGUCUAUCCUGGCAUGCAGAAUGAAAGGCACGGGCAAUCUUUUGUGGACAGUGGCUCCAUGUGGGGCCCUCGGGCUGUUCAGGUCCCAGAUCAGAUCCCAGCACCCCACCAGCAACAGCAACCCCAGCCAGCUCCGUCGGGGCCACCGGCACAGGGCCACCCUCAGCACAUGCAGCAGAUGGGCAGCUAUAUGGCACGUGGGGAUUUUUCCAUGCAGCAGCACGGCCAGCCACAGCAGAGGAUGAGCCAGUUUUCCCAAGGUCAAGAGGGCCUCAAUCAGGGAAAUCCUUUCAUUGCCACCUCAGGACCUGGCCACUUGUCGCACAUGCCUCAGCAGAGUCCCAGCAUGGCACCUUCCCUGCGUCACUCAGUGCAGCAGUUUCACCACCACCCCCCUGCUGCUCUCCAUGGAGAAUCCGUUGCCCACAGUCCCAGAUUCUCCCCAAACCCUCCUCAACAAGGGGCUGUCAGGCCACAAACCCUUAACUUUAGUUCUCGGAGCCAGACAGUCCCCUCCCCUACUGUAAACAACUCAGGGCAGUAUUCUCGAUACCCUUACAGUAACCUAAAUCAGGGAUUAGUUAACAGUACAGGGAUGAAUCAAAAUUUAGGCCUUACAAACAGUACUCCAAUGAAUCAGUCCGUACCAAGGUACCCCAAUGCUGUAGGAUUCCCAUCAAACAGUGGUCAAGGACUAAUGCACCAGCAGCCCAUCCACGCCAGUGGCUCACUUAACCAAAUGAACACACAAACUAUGCAUCCUUCACAGCCUCAGGGAACUUACGCCUCUCCACCUCCCAUGUCACCCAUGAAAGCAAUGAGUAAUCCAGCAGGCACGCCUCCUCCGCAAGUCAGACCCGGAAGUGCUGGGAUGCCAAUGGAAGUUGGCACUUAUCCAAAUAUGUCCCACCCUCAGCCAUCUCACCAGCCCCCUGGUGCCAUGGGACUCGGACAGAGGAAUAUAGGCCCUAGAAACAUGCCGCAGCCUCGUCCAUUCAUGGGCAUGUCCUCGGCACCAAGGGAGUUGACCGGGCACAUGAGACCAAACGGAUGUCCUGGUGUUGGCCUUGCAGAUCCACAAGCAAUCCAGGAACGACUGAUACCCGGCCAACAGCAUCCUGGUCAGCAGCCAUCUUUUCAGCAGCUGCCAAGCUGCCCUCCACUACAGCCCCACCCAGGGUUGCACCAGUCUUCCCCUCCGCACCCUCAUCACCAGCCUUGGGCACAACUCCACCCGUCACCCCAGAACACCCCGCAGAAAGUGCCUGUGCAUCAGCAUUCUCCAUCGGAGCCCUUUCUAGAGAAGCCAGUGCCGGAUAUGACUCAGGUCAGCGGACAGAAUUCUCAGCUAGUGAAGACCGAAAACCAGCCACAGCAGAAAAAGAAGAAAAAGAAAAACAACCACAUUGUUGCAGGGGAUCCCAGUAAAAGUUUUGGUAAAGAUGACUUCCCUGGUGGGGUUGAUAACCAAGAACUAAAUAGGAACUCACUGGAUGGGUCCCAAGAGGAAAAAAAGAAAAAGAAAAGGCCGAAAGUCAAAAAAGAUCCGAAGGAAUUGAAGGAACCGAAGGAGAAGAAAGAGCCCAAGACCCCAAAAGCCCUGAAGAUCCCCAAAGAGCCAAAGGAAAAGAAAGCAAAAACUGCCACACCAAAACCCAAAUCCAGCAAAAAGUCAAGUAAUAAGAAACCCGACUCAGAAGCAAGUACUUUGAAGAAAAAGGUCAACAAAGGAAAAACAGAAGGUUCGGAAAAUUCAGACUUGGACAAAACACCCCCACCAUCCCCUGCCCCCGAAGAGGACGAAGAUCCAGGUGUUCAGAAGAGGCGGUCCAGCAGGCAGGUGAAGCGGAAGCGAUACACUGAAGACUUGGAGUUCAAGAUUUCUGAUGAGGAGGCAGAUGAUGCAGAUGCUGCUGGGAGAGACUCUCCAUCCAACACCUCACAGUCGGAGCAGCAGGAAUCUGUUGAUGCAGAAGGCCCAGUGGUGGAAAAGAUUAUGAGCAGCCGAUCAGUGAAAAAGCAGAAAGAAUCUGGAGAGGAGGUAGAAGUUGAGGAAUUUUAUGUGAAAUACAAAAACUUCUCUUAUCUUCAUUGUCAGUGGGCAUCUGUAGAAGAUCUAGAGAAAGAUAAGAGAAUUCAACAAAAGAUAAAACGAUUUAAGUCGAAACAGGGCCAGAACAAAUUCCUUUCAGAGAUUGAGGAUGAUCUUUUUAAUCCAGAUUAUGUGGAAGUUGACCGGAUAAUGGACUUUGCACGUAGCACAGAUGACCGGGGCGAGCCUGUGACUCACUAUCUGGUGAAGUGGUGCUCACUCCCUUAUGAAGACAGCACCUGGGAGCUGAGGCAGGACAUAGAUCAAGCAAAGAUCGAAGAGUUUGAAAAGCUUAUGUCCAGGGAGCCGGAAACAGAGCGUGUGGAGCGACCUCCUGCUGAUGACUGGAAGAAAUCGGAGAGUUCCAGGGAGUAUAGAAACAAUAACAAACUCAGGGAAUACCAGUUGGAGGGAGUAAACUGGCUACUUUUCAAUUGGUACAACAUGCGAAACUGCAUUUUAGCAGAUGAAAUGGGUUUGGGAAAGACUAUCCAGUCCAUUACAUUUCUCUAUGAGAUAUAUUUGAAAGGAAUCCAUGGCCCUUUUUUAGUAAUUGCCCCAUUGUCCACAAUCCCCAACUGGGAAAGGGAAUCGGAGUUAAAUGUGGUUGUGUAUCAUGGGAGCCAAGCUAGUCGUCGGACCAUUCAGUUGUAUGAAAUGUACUUCAAAGAUCCCCAGGGUCGAGUGAUAAAAGGAUCCUAUAAGUUUCAUGCCAUCAUCACUACAUUUGAGAUGAUUCUGACAGAUUGCCCUGAGCUGCGCAAUAUUCCCUGGCGUUGUGUGGUCAUUGAUGAAGCCCACAGACUGAAGAACAGGAACUGCAAGCUGCUGGAAGGACUGAAGAUGAUGGACUUGGAACACAAAGUGCUGCUGACGGGGACUCCGUUGCAGAACACUGUGGAAGAGCUCUUCAGCCUGCUUCAUUUCUUGGAGCCAAGUCGCUUCCCUUCAGAAACAACCUUUAUGCAAGAAUUUGGUGAUCUGAAAACGGAAGAGCAGGUGCAAAAACUACAGGCUAUUCUAAAGCCAAUGAUGUUGAGACGUCUCAAAGAGGAUGUAGAAAAGAACUUGGCCCCCAAAGAAGAAACUAUUAUUGAAGUUGAGCUAACAAACAUUCAGAAGAAAUAUUACCGAGCCAUCCUUGAGAAGAAUUUUACAUUUCUUUCCAAAGGUGGUGGACAAGCUAACGUACCUAACCUUUUAAACACUAUGAUGGAAUUGAGAAAGUGCUGCAAUCAUCCCUAUCUAAUCAAUGGUGCUGAAGAGAAAAUUUUGGAAGAGUUUAAAGAAACACACAAUGCAGAGUCUCCAGAUUUUCAGCUCCAGGCAAUGAUCCAGGCUGCUGGCAAGCUGGUGCUGAUUGACAAGCUGCUGCCAAAGCUGAAGGCUGGUGGCCACAGGGUGCUUAUCUUUUCCCAGAUGGUGCGCUGCUUGGACAUCCUGGAAGACUAUCUCAUUCAGAGACGGUACCCAUAUGAGAGGAUUGAUGGCCGAGUCAGAGGCAACCUCCGCCAGGCAGCCAUUGACAGAUUCUCCAAACCUGAUUCCGAUAGGUUUGUGUUCCUCCUGUGCACACGGGCAGGAGGUCUGGGCAUUAAUCUCACUGCUGCUGAUACCUGCAUCAUCUUUGACUCGGACUGGAAUCCUCAGAAUGACCUCCAGGCUCAGGCUAGAUGCCACAGAAUAGGGCAGAGCAAAUCUGUGAAAAUCUACAGGCUGAUUACGAGAAACUCGUAUGAAAGGGAAAUGUUUGACAAAGCUAGUUUGAAGCUGGGUCUGGACAAAGCUGUGUUACAGUCUAUGAGUGGAAGAGAAAAUGCCACCAAUGGGGUACAACAGCUUUCCAAGAAGGAGAUAGAAGAUCUUCUACGAAAGGGGGCUUAUGGUGCACUUAUGGACGAGGAAGAUGAAGGGUCUAAAUUCUGUGAGGAGGACAUUGACCAGAUUCUCCUUCGUCGAACCCACACUAUUACCAUUGAGUCGGAAGGAAAAGGCUCCACAUUCGCCAAGGCCAGUUUUGUUGCUUCUGGAAAUAGGACAGACAUUUCUUUGGAUGACCCAAAUUUCUGGCAAAAGUGGGCUAAGAAGGCUGAACUGGACAUUGAUGCCUUAAAUGGGAGGAACAACCUGGUUAUUGACACUCCACGAGUAAGGAAGCAGACCCGGUUGUACAGCGCAGUGAAGGAAGAUGAGCUCAUGGAGUUCUCUGACCUGGAAAGCGAUUCUGAGGAAAAGCCAUGCGCAAAGCCACGGCGCCCCCAGGAUAAGUCACAGGGCUAUGCCCGGAGUGAGUGUUUCCGGGUGGAGAAGAAUCUGCUAGUCUAUGGCUGGGGCCGCUGGACAGACAUCCUGUCCCAUGGACGCUACAAACGCCAGCUCACUGAGCAAGAUGUUGAAACCAUCUGCAGAGCCAUCCUGGUGUACUGUCUCAAUCACUACAGAGGGGAUGAGAACAUCAAGAGCUUUAUCUGGGACCUGAUCACACCCACAGCUGAUGGCCAGACUCGAGCCCUGCUCAAUCAUUCUGGUCUGUCAGCCCCUGUGCCAAGGGGCCGGAAGGGAAAGAAGGUGAAGGCCCAGACUCGCUCCCUCUCUGUGCAGCGUGAGCGGUUGCCAGGCAGGCCUGUUGGAAGCCAGCAGAAAGCACCACACAGAGGUGAUUAUGUGCCACCAUCUGUCACGCUUCAAGCCUACCAUACAGCAUGGCUAAUCAGCCUUGGCAGGAUGAUGGAUGAACAGCAGCAGCUGCCAAAAGCCACUGUUGGCAAACAGCACUGAAGUUAAGAACUUUUUCCCCCCUCUGUCUUCCUCUCCAGGGUCCUGCUGCGUGUCCGCAUGCUGUACUACCUAAGACAAGAAGUGAUAGGCGACCAAGCAGAUAAGAUCCUCGAGGGUGCGGACUCAAGUGAAGCAGACGUGUGGAUCCCCGAGCCUUUCCAUGCAGAAGUUCCUGCAGAUUGGUGGGAUAGAGAAGCAGAUAAAUCCCUCUUAAUUGGAGUAUUCAAACAUGGUAUGCCUGAUGCCAAGGCCAUCGCUGCAGAGCAAAGAGGGACAGACAUGCUAGCAGAUGGUGGUGACGGUGGAGAAUUUGAUAGAGAAGAUGAAGAUCCAGAAUACAAACCAACCAGAGUGCCAUUCAAAGAUGAGAUAGAUGAAUUUGCAAAUUCUCCCCCAGAGGAUAAGGAAGAACCCAUGGAAAUGCACAGCACAGGCAAACACGGCGAGAGCAGUGCUGAGUUAGGUCAACUUUACUGGCCGAACACGUCAACCCUGACUACACGUCUGCGCCGGCUCAUUACUGCCUAUCAGCGCAGCUAUAAAAGGCAACAAAUGAGGCAAGAGGCCCUAAUGAAGACAGACCGGCGCAGACGGCGGCCUCGGGAGGAAGUGCGAGCACUGGAGGCCGAAAGGGAAGCUAUUAUAUCUGAGAAAAGGCAAAAGUGGACUAGAAGAGAAGAAGCUGACUUUUACCGUGUGGUAUCCACCUUCGGGGUUAUUUUUGACCCUGUGAAGCAGCAGUUUGACUGGAACCAAUUCCGCGCCUUUGCCAGACUGGACAAAAAAUCUGAUGAGAGUUUGGAGAAGUACUUCAGCUGCUUUGUGGCCAUGUGCAGGCGGGUGUGUGGUGUGCCUGCCAAACCUGAGGACGAGCCACCUGACUUGGCUUCCCUCAUUGAGCCCAUCACAGAAGAACGAGCAUCUAGGACCCUGUACCGCAUUGAGCUACUGCGCAAGAUCCGAGAGCAAGUCCUCCACCACCCGCAGCUAAGUGACAGGCUGAAACUCUGUCAGCCCAGCCUAGACCUGCCUGAGUGGUGGGAAUGUGGACGGCACGACAGAGACCUGCUGGUGGGUGCUGCUAAGCACGGGGUCAGCCGGACAGACUACCACAUCCUCAAUGAUCCCGAGUUGUCCUUCCUAGAUGCACAUAAAAGCUUCGCCCAGAACCGUGGGGCCGGUUCUGUCUCUUCUUUGAAUGCUUUGGCUGUGGGCUUUGGCCAGACUCCUCCAGCCAUUUCCUCUGCUCAUGCUCACGAAGAGAAGGUAAUUGAGCAGGCUGAGGGCAAGGUGGAGGAAUCUGAACAUUCACCUGCCAGAGAGAGGUCAGAAGGGAAAGAGGAGGAAGAAGAAGCUGGUGGUGGGGCCAAGGACAGCAAGCAGGAUUGUGAGGCUGAAGCCAGCUCUCUGAAGAGUGAACUCAAAGGCGUGGAGGGCAGUGCAGACUCUGGGUCCAAGUCUGUCUCAGAGAAAGGCUCAGAAGAGGAUGAAGAAGAAAAACUAGAGGAUGAUGAAUACCUGGCUCCUGCCACUAUAACUCAUGUCUCAGCAGGAGCUGUCUCUAGAGGAAAGAAUUUUGAUGAAGAAAGCAAUGCUUCUCUGAGCACUGCUAGGGAUGAAACCCGAGAUGGAUUCUACAUGGAGGAUGGAGACCCAUCAGUGGCUCAGCUCCUUCAUGAGCGGACAUUUGCCUUCUCCUUUUGGCCCAAGGACAGAGUAAUGAUAAACCGAUUAGACAACAUCUGCGAAGCUGUACUGAAAGGCAAAUGGCCAGUAAACCGGCGCCAGAUGUUUGAUUUCCAGGGCCUCGUCCCUGGUUACACGCCCUCCACCAUGGACAGUCCCCUGCAGAAGAGGAGUUUUACCGAGCUCUCCAUGGUCAGCCAGGCCAGCAUCAGCGGGAGUGAGGACAUUACCACUUCUCCUCAGUUGUCCAAGGACGAUGCCCUUAACCUGUCUGUCCCUCGCCAACGGCGGCGGCGAAGGAGAAAAGUGGAGAUAGAGGCUGAAAGAGCUGCCAAGAGGCGAAAUCUUAUGGAGAUGGUUGCCCAGCUUCGAGAGUCUCAGGUGGUCUCAGAAAAUGGACAAGAAAAAGUUGUGGACUUAUCAAAGGCCUCAAGAGAGGCAACAAGUUCUACCUCAAAGUUUUCAUCUCUUACUUCAAAGUUUAUCUUGCCUAACGUGUCUACACCAGUGUCUGAUGCCUUUAAGACUCAGAUGGAACUGCUGCAAGCAGGCCUUUCGCACACACCAACAAGGCAUCUGCUCAAUGGCUCCCUGAUGGAUGGAGAGCCCCCCAUGAAGAGGAGGCGAGGCAGGAGGAAAAACGAGCCUGGCCUCGACCUAUUUUUCAUGAGCCACAAACGGACAGCGUUAAGUGCAGAGGAUGCUGAGGUGACCAAAGCUUUUGAAGAAGAUAUAGAGACCCCACCAAUACGAAACAUUCCUUCUCCUGGACAGCUGGACCCUGACACACGGAUCCCUGUGAUAAACCUUGAAGAUGGGACAAGGCUGGUGGGAGAAGACGCUCCUAAAAAUAAGGACUUGGUUGACUGGCUGAAGCUGCAUCCUACUUACACUGUUGAUAUGCCCAGUUAUGUACCAAAGAAUGCAGAUAUGCUGUUUUCCUCGUUUCAGAAACCGAAACAGAAGCGACAUAGAUGUCGGAAUCCUAACAAACUGGAUAUAAACACUUUGACAGGAGAGGAGAGGGUCCCAGUUGUUAACAAACGGAAUGGGAAGAAGAUGGGUGGAGCCAUGGCCCCUCCAAUGAAGGAUCUGCCCAGGUGGCUGGAGGAGAACCCUGAGUUUGCAGUUGCUCCAGACUGGACUGACAUAGUCAAGCAGUCUGUGAACAGCCUGUUUGCUGGGAUGGACCUGACAAGCCUUCAGAAUCUCCAGAACCUCCAGUCCCUCCAGCUGGCAGGGCUCAUGGGCUUCCCUCCAGGACUGGCCACAGCUGCCACCACCGGAGGCGACGCCCUGGGCGGGCUGCUCAACAACCCUCUCUCAGCUGCUACUGGAAACACCACUACUGCUGCGCAAGGGGAGCCAGAGGACGGCGCUUCCAAAGUGGAAGAGAAAGGAAACGAGAACCAAGAAGAGCAUCGAGACUCUGAGAAAAGCACAGACGCCGUCUCGGCUGCUGACUCUGCAAACGGAUCUGUUGGUGCUGCUACUGCCCCGGCUGCAUUGCCCUCCAACCCGCUGGCCUUCAACCCUUUCCUCCUGUCCACCAUGGCCCCAGGCCUCUUCUACCCAUCCAUGUUUCUACCUCCAGGACUGGGGGGAUUGACACUGCCUGGCUUCCCAGCACUGGCGGGACUCCAGAACGCCGUGGGUGCAAGUGAAGAAAAGGCUACUGACAAGGCGGAGGGAGGCCCCUGUAAAGACGGAGAGACCCUGGAAGGCAGCGAUGCCGAGGAGAACCUGGACAAGACUGCAGAGUCCUCCAUCUUGGAAGACGAGGUUGCACAGGGUGAAGAGCUGGACUCCCUUGAAGGCGGGGAUGAGAUAGAAAACAACGGAAAUGAUGAGUGACGGCAGCAGUUCCGCUCAAAGUGUUGAAAACUGUUGACAGGUGGUAGUCCUACUGUUUACACUCACAGUUAAUGUUCAUACCUAGUUUUAUAAGCUGUUCUGUAACAUAGUGUAGCAGAAAAAAAGGAAAAAAAAAGGAAAAAAAGUCCAAGUCAUGUUAUGCAGGUGUGUCCGAAGGUAUCUUGGUCAUUAAGUAUUGUGCAGUGCAUUAUUUAUUAUCCCUAGGAAAGAUGAAAUUUGAGAGGUGAUCAUGUCUUUUUAAGGAAACUUACAUAAUGCUCUGCUUUUCUUUGGGUACCGCUGGUAUUAUAAUAAAGAGCAAUUUGUAACAGAGCGGCACUAAGUGGAAGGAAGCGCUGCUCCAAGGAAGUAUGAAGUUAUAUAUUUAAUUUUUUUUAAUUUUAAUUUUUUGCUGUGAAGGUCAAGAUGAAAUUUACCAUACAUAUCAUAACUUGCUCAUUCGUUUCCCUUUCUGACUGUAUGGGGGUUCCCACAUUGCGCAUAUACACACAUCCAUACACUCUGACAAUCUCCACGUUAGUGUGAACGCCUCUACCCCGAGGCGCAGCAAUAAUAAGGCAGCUGUUGAAUGUGAAGGGUCCCUUUGGAAAACUAACCUACUGGGAGGGUUCUUGCCAGACAACUGCAGUUCCAUUGGCUUGUGGUCUUGUGAUGCACUGGUAUAAACAAAAUAAAUAGAAGAAUAAAUAAAAGAGUGAGAGAAGUGAGAAUCAGGUACCUUUCUUUUUUUUUUUUUUUUUUUAAAUUAAAGGUCUUUGUUACUUUAGCCACAAAGCUAAAACAGCAUUACCUCAGCUCUAAACUAGCCUUGAAGUUUACAGACAGGACUUUGUAAAUGUUUUUCUUUGUUGUGAUGUCCUUUUAUUUUUUUUUUCUCUGAAAACUGCUAUCAUGUAAGAUAAAAUGUAAAUUGCUGCCAACUGUAGUAAUGAUGCUUUUAAUAAAAGUGACCCAUGAUAUGCAGAGAUGUAGUUACAGAAUGCAGUGUGGGGGGAACUGGUGUUCAUUCUUUUUUUGUAUUUGAAAUAGAUGCAAAUGCAGCAUUCUGGCUUUAGAGAAGUUGCUUGCUAUAUCCUCUCAUGCUAGAUUAGCUGUUAGUAACAGUCUUCAAGACUAGAUGGGGAGGAAAACCUUGAAUUACCUUUAUGUAAUUCCAUACCAGAUAUAUCAGCAGACACACACACACAAAAACCUCUUAUUGCUCCCCUGAAAGGGCAUCUGAGAGUUAGAACCCUGAAAAUGUGUGCAGCCUGUGAUAAUGUGGUACACUGUAGACAAAAGGGCAAAAGAAAAAUGGGGCUUUAAUAGGCACACUAUCUAGGCCAUUUAUCCUUGGAUAAUGGGAGAAAAACACAAUGUCGUAAUGUCAGCAAGGGACACAAAGGCGUUCUGGUGUCCUGCCGACCAGAGCUUGAUACCAGAAACCAGUGUGUGGAAAAACACACGUGGAACAGAAAUGGACCCACUGAAGCGUGUGUGUGUGUGUGUGUGUGUGUGUGUGUGUGUGUGCGCGCGUAUGUACACACUUUCACCCACUCUCAAGGGCUGCUAGUUUAUUGAACCUUUUAUUCUUAAAAUAAGAUUUAAAUUUUCUGUGUCAUUUGAGCAAAUUAUUUCCAUCCAUCUGAAAAAAAAAAGUGAUACGGAUUGAAUUGUGCGUGUCUCUUACCUUCCUACACACACACACACACACACACACACACACACACACACACACACACACACCAGUAUCACAUAAGUUACCCUCUAGAUGUAAUGGGACAGCCUAUCUACGUUCCUUUUGGGCAAUGAAUGAGAUUCCAUCUUGGAUAUCCCAAGAUGGCCAUAUGACUUGAAAAGGAACAACUUGAACUUACCAUUAUGGCUAAACCUCGAAGUUAGCCAGCCUGUGCUUGGAAAGGAAGUAUCUUAGAAUGCCUUCUGAAAUGGAUUCUUUGAACACGAAAAUAAAACUAGACCCGUACAAGACAGAGGGUCUUAAAAACAUUCAACUGAAAGCCUUUAAAAGGGAGAGCUGGUGUAAUAAAAUGUGUUAUAAAAGGG